CUUCUGCGAUAACGAGCAAUUUUCUAUUAGACUCUAUGAUUGGCGAUUUAGUGGCAUUCCUGUUGGUGUAUUCUUGUGCAUUGGCAUCGGCGGGGCAGACUCCAUUCUUUCUGACACGAGACCCGGUGCUCUCUCCUCACGUUGACGCAUUUAUCAGCGGUAUUUUAGCAGAGUGGAACACACCGGGUGGCGUCAGCGUCGCUGUCGUGCAAAAACACGGUGAUGGUACCUGGAGCGUGGAGACCAAGGGAUACGGAAAUGCCUCUGCGGACGGUCGACAAAUGACCGAAGACUCUUUGUUCUUUAUUGCAUCAAAUUCCAAGCUGUUCAAUAUUGCUGCCACGGGCCUCUUGAUUUCUAACGAAAGCUUAUCACGUCGUAUCUCCUGGGACACCAAAAUAGCGUCUAUUGUUCCGGAAUGGGAGUUAAAGGACCCUAUUGCAUCGUCUCAGAGCACGAUAACCGAUGUUAUGAGCCACCGUACUGGCCUUCCCCGUCAUGAUCUUAUGUAUGGACGGACGGAUAAUGUCACCUCAAUUCUCAAAAGACUCAGACAUCUUGAGCCAUCUGCCGAGUUCCGGGAUAUCUAUCAAUACAACAACAACAUGUACAUGCUCUUGUCCUAUCUGCCUGAACUCCUUCUCCCGCAUAAGCCAUCCUUUGCUCGCUAUGUCAAGGAACACAUUUUCGAGCCUCUAGGACUCACUUCGACUACUUAUUCCUUGGAUGUCGCUCAGGCAAGCGGCAAUCUAGUGCAAGGUAUGGCGCGAGACGGCAUUAACAAAACCGAGAACAUAUUCGGUAGGGGAACCCCAAGAGCUAUGUGGCAUCCUAACUGGUUCUUGUCGGGUGGUGAGGACGGAAACUACAAAGCGGGUGCCGGAGGCGUCAUCAGUAGUGCUAAAGAUGCCGCGACUUGGCUCCAGGCUUUGCUCGAAGAUGGACGAAAUCCCGUCACGAACGAGAGUGUCAUCCCGCCUUAUGUCAUAGAAAAAGUUGCCACUGGAAAGACAGUGCAAACGGGCUACGCAUUCGUGCCUAUUUUGUCGCACGACGUUCUCUGACACUUGAUUUAGGGCGUACCCUGAACUCUCGCCGGUGGUCUACGGUGGUGCUCAGUCCCGCUAUACAUAUAGAGGACAUGAGAUCAUAGAGCAUGGCGGAUCCACGACAGGUUAUCCGGCUGUCCAAAGUCCGCAAUAUUUCAGUGAACGCUGACUUCCCAUCACUCGUAUGUAGGUUUCAUGACGCAGAUUUCUCGAUUUCCUUCCGAUAAAUUGGGCGUCGCUGUAUUCUCAAACGACAACGAAUAUGGAGAUAUGCUUCAUGAGAUCAUCAAGUGGUACCUUGUCGAUGUCGCCUUCGGCCUUCCGCCCA